AUCUCUCUGUUUUAUUUCAGUUUUAAUGAAGCAUACAAAUUCCACAAACAGAUUUUACGAGUAAAAGACAGAGAAGAAUUUCCAAUGAUACUGGUAGCCAACAAGGCGGAUCUAGAACACUCACGGGUGGUUACGAGAGAAGAGGGGCAGGAGUUUGCUGCUCAGUUAAAGAUUAGUUAUAUUGAAGCCAGUGCCAAAGUGCGGAUGAAUGUAGACAAAGCUUUUUAUGAUCUGGUUAGAAUUAUAAGGAGAUUCCAAGCCAAUGAAAGUCCUCCAGUCAAACCCCCUAAACGAAGUAAAAGGUGCACCAUUUUAUGAUGGAUUGUAGGCUCUUUACUCAAUUUUUUUUUUAUCUGGACAAGUUAUACCCACCUGAUGUAACACAAGAGAAUCGAAAGCUUUGUUGUGUAUACAUGUGAAGUCAGCCUCAUUCUGGUAAUGACAAUCCAAGUCCUGGUCAUCUGAGUGUUUGAAAGCUGCAUUCUCCUCUAUGUUGUGGUCAAGCUUCAAGCAAGAGUCAAUACUCUGUAGAUUUAUGUGCAUCAUGCUCACAAUGUUGCUAUACACAAAGUAUAUAUAUGUAUGUAAUGUCAUUGAAGAAGGACAAGUGAACUGUUUAUUUUGUUUACAGGUAAUUUAACUUAUUUUUUUCAUUAACAAAAGAAUUCAAAAAUCAAACCUUCAUUAUAACAGUCAAACCUGUGGUAUUUUACUUCUGUAUAGAAAAUUUGCAUAAAAAUUGCAUAUGUAUAGUAGCUAUGGUAACCAUGAUUAAAGUUAAA